AGCGGCCGCACGGUUGGAGCGGCUGAGCCGCCUCAGCCAUGGUGUCCUGGGCGCUGAGCCGCCUGCUCGAGCUGCUCUUCGGGAUGCUCUAUCCUGCCUACGCCUCCUACAAGGCUGUGCGGACCAAGGACAUCCGGCAGUACGUCCGAUGGAUGAUGUACUGGAUCGUGUUUGCUCUCUUCAAGGCCGUGGAGACCCUCACGGACCUGCUCAUCUCCUGGUUUCCCUUCUACUACGAGGUGAAGAUGGCCUUCAUCAUCUGGCUGCUGUGCCCGUACACGCGGGGGGCCAGCCUGCUCUACCGCAGGUUCGUGCACCCCACACUGUCCCGCAGGGAGAAGGACAUCGAUGGGUACAUCCUGUGCGCCCGGCAGCGCAGCUACGAGGCCAUGGUGCGAUUCGGCAAGAGGGGCCUCAAUCUGGCAGCCACGGCCGCGGUGCAGGCGGCAGCCAAGAGCCAGGGUGCGCUGGCCGGGCGGCUCCGCAGCUUCAGCAUGCAGGACCUGCGCUCGGGGCCCGAGGACACCCCCGUGCACUGCCAGGACCUGCUCUACCUGGAGGAGCCCCAGAGCCGCCGGCAGCUGCUGGCCCACAGCGUGUGCCCCGGCCCCCGGCAUGAGAGUGAGACGGAGGAGGAGGAGAUCUGGUCGGAUUUGGAGGUCGGGUUCUCCCAGCAGGAGCCCAGACCCUUGUCUCGCAGCCAGAGCCUGCGUGCGGCCAACAAGAGGGCACCGGGCAAAGAGGGCUCUUCCCGGCUCCUGCGCAGCAGGAUCAGGAAGAAAACGGCCCCAUCGGACCAGGAUGACUGAUGGAAUCCUCUGCCUGGAGUCUUACCGUGACUGCUGCUACAGCAUCAGGAGGGAGCUGUGGUUUGUGCAAUUCCAGCCCUGGGGAAGGGGCUCCCACCUGCCUUACACUGUAAAUCCCUUCUCUGACCUCUGUGCCUCCGAUUGCUGCUCCCACCGUGCCCCUUCCCAUCCUAUGGGUGGGCGCUGGCGCCUUUCCCAUGGAAUCCAGCCCCACUUUCCUCCCAUCCUAUGAAUCCUUGGGCUCUGCUGGGGCCCCCAUUGCUGCCGUGAUGCCUUACACCCCACAUUCCUUCGGUGGGAGCCAGCAAAGGGAUGUGCCUUGUUCCAUCUAUCCUCUGAAGCCAAAGCCACAGCCCUUGGCUGGGGUCUCCCCACCAUUUACAGGCUGACACCCCCAUACUUGAAACCAGGGCUUUGGUGCUUGUCCGAGCCCUGCCCAGCACCGCGCGGCUUUUAAUGUUCCCACCUCCCAGAAGGGGAGUUUUGUACAUGGAAAAUAAACCCAGUUUCACACCUGA